GCACGGCUUGGCCCCUCCCUGCUCCCUGAGCAACUUGGAUGUAACAGGAGCCGUGUGUUUUCCAUUCGGCUCCUGCAAUGGCUGCGUGCUUGUCGCGAAGAUCGCUGUCAGGGAAAUCCAUCUGGCUGUCGCCCUCGAGCCCCACUUUAAAAAGCCAUGUGUGCAGCAGGAAGGUGGGCAGGGGCCCCUCUGCUCCCGGGGCCCUCUCCGCCCUGCAGGACAAGCCUCGGACGGUGGAGGACCUCCCUCGCGUCAGCUUCUUGGAGAUGGUGUACAGGAUGGUGUUUCAGGGUUACCACAACCGUCUGCACGAGCUGCAGCUCUAUGAGAAGCAGCUGUAUGGACCCAUCUACCGAAGCGGACUCCAGUCGGUGUCGGUGAACUCCCCUCAGCUGCUGGAGGAACUCAUGAGGAAGGAUGAGAAGUUUCCCUCCAGAGGAGACAUGACUCUGUGGACCGAGUACCGCGAUAUGAGAGGAUUUGGCUACGGGCCCUUCACAGAGGAAGGAGAACGCUGGUACAAACUGAGGGCGGUUCUCAACAAGCGGAUGCUCCAUCCCAGGGAUUCUGCUCAGUACUCUGGAGUGAUCAACGACGUGGUUUCAGACUUCGUAAAAAGGAUCAACCAUCUACGUGAAGCCAGCCCAACAGGGGAUCUCGUCACUGACAUUUCCAACAAGCUGUAUCUGUUUUCACUGGAAGGUAUUGCCUCCAUACUGUUUGAGACAAGGCUGGGCUGUCUGGAAGAGGAGAUCCCUGCUGGCACCCAAGAAUUCAUCAACUCCAUCGCUCAGAUGUUCUCCUACAGCAUGGCUGUGGUGAUGAGUCCCAAGUGGAGCCGCAGCCUGCUGCCGUUCUGGGGACGCUACAUCGCCGGCUGGGAAGGCAUCUUUGGCUUUGCUAAAACGUUAAUCGACAAGAAGAUGGAGGACAUUCAGCAGCGGGUGGACAAUAACCAGGAUGUGGAGGGUGAAUAUCUAACGUACCUCCUGUCAAACACCCAGAUGAGCACUAAAGACGUCUACGGCAGCAUCGCUGAGCUUCUCUUAGCCGGAGUGGACACGACCUCCAACACCCUCACAUGGGCUUUGUACCAGCUGUCAAGGAACCCAGACAUCCAGGACAGACUUUAUGAAGAAGUUUCCACGUUGGUACCAGCGGACCGAAUCCCCUCCGCUGCUGAAGUCACUCGGAUGCCGUUUUUACGAGCUGUGAUCAAGGAAACUCUUAGGAUGUACCCCGUGGUUCCUAUGAAUGCAAGGAUUAUAUCAGAAAAACCCUUUUCUGUUGGUGGAUAUCAGUUUCCAAAGAAAACUGCAUUCACGUUCUGCCACUAUGCCAUCAGUCAUGAUGAGAGCGUCUUUCCUGAGUCGUUCAGAUUCAAGCCGGAGAGGUGGCUCCGUGACGGCCGCCCGAGGCCGAACCCCUUUGGCUCCAUCCCGUUUGGCUACGGAGUUCGAGGCUGCGUUGGCCGCAGGAUUGCAGAACUUGAGAUGUAUUUAGUUCUGUUCCGGCUUAUUCAGCGGUUUGAAGUCAAACCGGACCCGACAACCGGGGAGCUGAAAAGCAUCAAUCGUACCGUUCUGGUUCCAGACAAACAGCUGGACCUGCAUUUUGUGGACAGAGUAUGAAGAAACUGGCACUUGACGGACUCUUACGCACCGGGUCGACUGAGCUACACGGACUCUGUCAUCAGAAAAAUGCAAAAGCUGCAGAACAAAACUGUUUUUUUUUUUCAUUUAGUAUUAUAACGCACCUGAGCAGAACCGUCACAUUUACUGGUUUUACUAUCAUCUGUUUCAUGUAACGAGCUUCUGUGGACGACCAAUCACGUAGGCUUUUAUAUGAUUUAUGAAUAAAAUGUUUUAUUAAUAAUAGUUUUAUUUAGCGGAAUGCUAAAUAAACAAUGUUUAAAAGCCGCGUUUAUGGUUUCCAUCUUGCUACACAAGCUUCCUCACAGCUGCAGCUUGACAGCGAUGGAAGCUGAGAUAGAGGUGAAGCCACAUCAGAGGAGAUCUUUACGCUGAUAGGAGCUCUGUUUUUAUCCCAGUGAGCUCAGGAGACUAAAAUAUGUGGAACUGAUUUUGAAGAUUACUGCGGACCUGUCUGGUUUUACAUAACCAGCCAGCUGUGCACCAUCAGAUCAGGAAGGAAAUGGGACUCCUCACUAUCACAGGUAGAUCUCAUGACGUCUUUCUAAGAGGCUGCAAGCCGGAAAGUGGGAUUUCUUUGAAUGGGUUAUCUCAUUCCCAUACAGAAGCAGAAUAAAUGCUGCGGGUAUGGAGGGGGUAGAUCUCGAUCCAUAGAUGCUAGCAGACUCAGACCUGAAUUUAACCAAUCACACCCAUAUCCAGUGAAUGGCUCGUUACCAGGCCUCUGCAGAGCUAACUUACCUGCUGAUGAGGGAAAGCUGCCAUUGAUUGAUGCAUCUAAAAGUUGCAGGAUAGUUGCUCUCGAGGAUUGGAGUUGGGUACCCCUGUUCUUGAUCUUUCCCCUUUUCAACACACCUGACUGAAAUGAACAUGCGGUUAGCAGGCCCCUGUAGGACAUGGUGACAGUCUGUGGAGAUAAUUCAACUAUUUAAUUCAGGUGUUAUAGGAAGACUGGAACUGGACAUCUCUGCGGGACUCUGGACCAAACCAACUGUGUUCAGCUGUCUGCAGGAGAAAAUAGUCCGUUAGGGGGGAAGUCACACAUGCAGAUACGUCUUCAGGUAAUACAGCAGACCUGAGAGAUCCAUCAUCCAACCACUGAUUAAACAGAGCGACUGCACCAAAAUCCACUUCGAGGGCCGGCUUCCUGUAACAUGAAGAUGUAUACCUGGUCCAGGACCCUUGAAUCACCUCAGCAGCAUUCGGUCAUCUUCUGCAAAGUCAAACGUCUAUAAGGACGGACACGUCUUAAAGCUGCAGGACAUCAGCCAACAAGGACUGAAAUAUGAGGGCCCUAAUCUGGUGUGUAUCACGCUUGCAGCUAACAGUCUUCUGAGAUUCACUCUGUUGUAGCUAAAAAUCACAUUUUCUGUCAAACUGUUUUAUAUUUCUUAUCAUUUUUUAAUUAAAUAAAUGGGAACAAAAUG